AUGUGGAAAGAAGUCGGCAAGCUCGUACUGCUUCAUUUGCUACUAAUGGAGCUCUAUUGCGCGAAAGGGAUUCAUACAGAAUCACAGUGUGAAACAGGGCAGUUUCAGUGCAACAAUGGAAGGUGCAUCCCAACCCUUUGGAGAUGUGAUGAUGAUGAUGACUGCUCAGAUAACAGCGAUGAGGAAAACUGUCCAAAAAAGACAUGUGCAACAACAGAUUUCGCCUGCAAGAAUGGACAGUGUGUUCCUGCUAGGUGGCGCUGCGAUGGGGAGCAAGAGUGUGCAGAUGGUUCAGAUGAGGCUGAUGCAAUCUGCAACCGGCAGACCUGUCCACCAGAGAAGUUUGACUGUGGUGGAACGGCCACCAAGUGUGUUUCUUUGUCAUGGCGAUGUGAUGGAGAAAGAGAUUGUGAGAAUGGGGCAGAUGAAGAGCACUGUGCUGCAGAUGCAAACGCCUGCCCAUCCAAGGAUUUUCAAUGCCAUAAUGGGAAGUGUAUAGCACCAAUCUUUGUCUGUGAUGGCGACAACGACUGUGGAGAUGGCAGUGAUGAAGAGAAGUGCUCAAAUCCCACCUGUGGCCAACAUGAGUUCCGGUGCAAUGACUCUGAGUGUAUUCCAGCACUUUGGAGCUGUGACGGCGAUCCUGACUGCAAAGAUGAAUCAGACGAAUCUAUGGAACACUGCAGUAGGAAGACGGAGCCCCAAAAACCAAGAUGCAUGGUGAGCGAAUUCCAAUGCGGGAGUGGAGAGUGUGUCCGAAGAAAUUGGAAAUGUGAUGGAGAUGCUGACUGCAAGGACAAAUCAGAUGAGACAAACUGUCCCCUGCUUACAUGUCGACCUGAUGAGUUCCAGUGUGGCGAUGGCUCCUGUAUCCAUGGCACCAAACAGUGUAAUAAAGUCCAUGAUUGCCCCGACUACAGUGAUGAAGCUGGUUGUGUAAAUGUGACAAAGUGUGAAGGGGCUAGACAUUUCCGCUGCAAGAAUGGAGAAUGUAUUGACAGCAACAAGGUUUGUGACAGUGUAAAAGACUGCAAAGACUGGUCUGACGAACCUGUGAAAGAGUGCGGCCUGAAUGAGUGUUCAGACAACAAUGGUGGCUGCUCCCACAUCUGUAGAGACCAGAAGAUUGGCUUUAUGUGUGACUGCCCCUCUGGUUACAAACUUUUGGACAAAAAGACUUGUGGUGACAUAGAUGAAUGUGAGAACCCAGAUGCCUGCAGCCAGAUCUGCAUAAACUACAAAGGGGAUUAUAAGUGUGAAUGCUAUGAAGGUUACGAGAUGGAUCCUGCCUCCAAGACUUGCAAAGCAGUGGGAAAGAGUCCUUAUUUGAUGUUCACCAACCGCCAUGAGAUCCGUCGUAUUGAUCUGCUAAAAAGUGAAUACACUCAAGUUGUUCCUACACUGAAGAAUGCUGUCGCGCUGGAUGUUGAUGUGGCCACCAAUAAGAUGUUCUGGAGUGAUCUAUAUCAUCACAAAAUAUACAGUGCUUACAUCCACAAAGCUAAUGACUCUUCGCAGCAGCUCACGCUCAUCGAGGCACUCCAUUCCCCCGAGGGCCUCGCUGUUGACUGGGUUCACAAGAACAUCUACUGGACCGACUCUGGCAACAAGAGCAUCUCUGUGGCCACAGGGGAUGGCAGCAAGAGGAAAAUGCUCAUAGUCACAGAGCUGAGUGAACCACGGGCCAUUGCAGUUGACCCACACCAGGGGUUCAUGUACUGGUCGGACUGGGGAGAUCAGGCCAAGAUUGAGAAGGCUGGGAUGAAUGGAGUGGAUCGACAGAUUCUGGUAUCUGAGCACAUUGAAUGGCCAAACGGAAUAACUUUAGACUUGUCCAAUCGGCGUCUCUACUGGGUGGAUUCCAAGUUACACCUGCUAUCCAGUGUGGAUUUUAAUGGAGACAACCGUAGAGUGUUGCUGUCUUCCCAUCAUCAAUUGGGACAUCCCUUUGCCCUCACUGUAUUUCAGGAUCGCAUAUACUGGACCGACUUGGAGGAUGAAGCAAUAUACAGUGCCAAUCGUCUAACAGGGAGUGAUGUGGAGAAGGUAGCAGAGCACCUCAACAAUCCCUUGGAUCUAGUAGUGUUUCAUGAGCAGAGACAGCCAAAAGCCCCUGACACCUGUAACAUGGGCAGUCUUCCCAAUGGUGGCUGUGAGUACCUUUGUUUGAAGGCCCCCCAGAUUACAGACCACUCCCCCAAAUAUACAUGUGCCUGUCCUGAUGGAAUGGAGCUGGGACCAGAUAUGAGGCGAUGUGUCACAGUCCGAGCAAGAACAACCACAACAGCUGUUCCUACCACCACCACCACAACAACAUUUGCCACCACCACGAUAACAACAAAAGCCACACCUUUUCUUUCCACAACAGUACCAUCUGCAACCACCACUAAAGCCACCUCUAUGACACUUACGACCACAACCAGGCAUCUGGAGACAACGGAAUCCCCCGAGAAACCCAGGGGGACCUACCCAGAGCACCCUCGAACAUCUGCUGUCUCAAGUACUCCGACCAGUUACAGCAGCACCAGUCAGACAUCGAUAUCCACUCUCACACCCCAAAUUGGCCCAGUGGCCCCCAACAGCAUUCACAAAGAGAGCAAUGCCAACCUGUCACACAGAGCUGCGGGUGAUCACUACCUCAUAGGCAACAACAUCACAGUAGCUGUCUUGGGGAUAGUCAUUCCUAUCGUCCCUAUCCUUGCCACAGUGGUCAUCGGGCUUCUUUGCACUGGCGCCUAUCUGGUGUGGCGCAACUGGCGGCGCAAAAACACCAAGAGCAUGAACUUCGACAACCCUGUAUACCGCAAAACCACUGAGGACGAUGACGAUGAAAUCCAUAUUGGCCGUCACAGCGAGUCCAUUGGACACAUCUACCCAGCAGUGAGUGGCAGCCACAAUCAGCCGUUCAUAGCGCUUCCCCUGGGGAGCGGCAUCAGCGACAGCAACUCUCAUUGGUACUCAGGGGCACCGAUGCUCUCCAGUGGCAAAUGA